GAACAACGCGACUAUCGAUGUUCUUGCAGCUAGUUAUUAUUGUUGUUUGCAACCUUGAAUAAAUGCUAAGAUCAGACAAGACAUGAAAUGUUCAUUCAGUCGCGUGACCUCUAUAUCUAGGAGUCUCAGCUGAAAAUUCGCCAUUCAGUUUUAAAGAAAGAGAAUUCAGAAAAAUGAAGAUACCGACCAACAUCCUUUUGAAAUGUCCCAGAUUAGAUCCUUCAGCAGUCGGCAGAGUAUGUCCGAAAGACCUGAGAUAUCAAUCUACUCUUCUGUCGGACGCAGUUUCUAUGGAGGCACUGGACAGAGCUCGACCUUUUGAAGAGAUCCCAGGUCCCAAACCACUGCCCCUGCUUGGCAACCUGCAUAGAUACAUGCCAGUCAUUGGUGAGUAUACAAAAAGAGAAUGGCAUGAAGCACAGAGGAAGAAAUUCCACCAAUACGGAUCUAUUGUCCGGGAAGAAAUUGCACCGGGUUUCAACAUCGUCCACUUGUUUGAUCCCAAGGACAUGGAAGUAGUCAGCUGGAAUGAAGGGAAGUUUCCAAAAAGGGAGUUUUUCGUUGCAAUGAGAAUGAUGCGAGAACAAAAUCCCGAAGUAUAUUCUUCUGCCGGAGUUGCCGCAGCCAACGGAGAAGCCUGGCACCACAUUCGAACUCGAUCGCAAGUUCCAAUGUUAAGACCUGAAAUAAUGAAGACUUACUUGCCUCAAAUGAACGUCAUAGCCGAUGAUCUGAUUCGUCGGAUGCGCUUGCUUCGUCAACCGAAUCAUCAAGUUCCCAAAUUAAUAGACGAGUUCUUCAAAUGGGCUUUAGAAUCUGUUACUUAUAUUCUCUUCAAUGAACGGAUGGGUUGCCUGGACGAUAACGUGUCUCCAGACUCCAUGUCUCAAAAGUACAUCCAGGCUGUUAAUCAGUUUUUUCAACUCUCAGCUAAAGUGGAACUGGCUUCAAUUCCCAUUUGGCGCUUCUAUCCAUCCCUCUCACCAUCGUACCAGAAAUUGAAAAAAGUUCACGACUUCUUUUUUGAACGUGCCAUGCAGUACGUCCAAUCUAAAAUGAAAGAUUUGGAGAAAGAAAGGGACUCAAAGAGCAUGUCCUUGAUGGAAAAAUUAAUUCUUAGGGGAUCUCCAAGAGAUGCCAGUAUCAUGGCAGUUGAUGCCAUGGCAGCUGGAAUCGACACGACAUCUCUGACUACCGCUUACGUUUUGCGUAAUUUGGCUGCGAAUCCGGAAAAGCAGAAAAAACUUCAAGAAGAGAUCGACCGAAUCGUUCCCAACAAGACUCCCUUGACCGUGGAUGGUUUAAAUCAGUUAUCUUAUCUCAGAGCGUGCGUCAAAGAGAGUAUGAGACUUUAUCCAACCGUUCAAGGCACAUCUCGAACACUUGAUAGAGAUAUAGUCUUAUCUGGUUACAGGAUACCAGCCAAUACGCAGCUCACCUUGAACUACAACGUGUCAAGUACCCAGGAGAAAUAUUUCAAGGACGCCGAAAAGUACAUCCCCGAAAGAUGGCUCAAGACCGCCACUGGACAGAGGGAAGACAGGGAAGCAUUCGCUUUUGUGCCUUUCGGAUUCGGACCCAGGAUGUGCAUUGGAAGACGAAUAGCAGAGCUGGAAAUGUUCACUUUGCUCACGAAAAUUAUGCAGAACUUUUGGGUAGAAAAUAAAGAUGACGAUCUUCAAAUCCGUUUUCAAUUAGUUCUGAUGAUUAGUAGUCCUCUGAAAUAUGAAUUUUAUGACAGGCGCUGAAGUGAAGAGCCACAGAUGACUUAUAGAAGCAUUAUUUCAAGUACUGACAUCCGAGUUCUUCAAAGAACCUUGUACAUAUGCUGUAUAUAUUUUAAAAUGUUGUAUUUUAUUUUACAUUCAGUGCCAUUUAAUAUUUCUUAUUAUUACUACUGUAGCGUUAAUUAAAAACUGACACAAAGGAAAACACUUGUCAGAAAAUUUUACUUAAGCCAAAUUAAAAAUAGCAUGAAUAAAAACUCUAAAGAAUGGACUGAGAAAUAAUUUACUAUGUUUAAUUCAGGAGUAUUUUCAUGGGAGAAAUGUCCUAACAAAACGUGAAAACGCUGAAUGUAAAUAUGUAAAGAAGUAUUUCCUUUUUAGAAAACACUGAAAGGACUUGUUUAUUCGUAUUUGCUACAAAUGUCAUCUUUUGUUAUAUUUUAUAUGCUUUUUCUUAGAAAGACUUAUUAUGAAUUUUUAAAAGGAUCUCUAGGGGAUUCUUAGUAUAAUCCUUUUGAUGACUAAAAAUAUUUCAAAUCAUUUUAUUGCUAAUGCUUUGUUUGUGAUAUCUUUUGUUACAUUUUAUUAAACAUAUGCUUUUA